CAAGCACAGCUGCAAUAUUUUCCAUUUAUUUUGCAUUUUUCCAUUGCAAAAUUUUUCGAAUCAUCUCCGUCCGGGUUCGGGGAUCAUGAGUGCAAAAAAGUAUCUUAAAACGGUGCCUCCACAGCCACCAGCUCAACCUGUGGUCAAGACCGAAAAGGAGGAGCAACUCUGGAACGCCCUCAAGCGACACAUCAUGAGGGAACGCGAACGCAAGAAACAGGAGCUGGAAGCUGAAGUCGAAGAGGAACGUCUCCGAAAAGAACGAGAGGCUCGUGAAAAACAAGACGUCAUGACCCUGGGUGAAACCAAGGAGCAAAUACAGAUGCUGGAAAAACAACUGCAGGAGCUGCGCAACGAGAAGCAGCAGCUGUUUCUCCAAUUGAAGAAGGUCCUUAACGAGGACGACAAUCGGAAGCGUCAAAUGAAAGAGUCCGUAGAGAUGUUUGCAAUUCAUAAUAUUCCACAACCGCAGAUUUUCCUGCCACAACGGACGCCAACUGCUAUGCCUCCUCAUCAGCAGCAUUUGAUACACAAGAGCACACCACCGGUAAAUGUGGCCAAACGCACGCACAGCCCUUCGUCGCAAGGAUACUACAAACAGUCGAACGCUAGUCAAGCGUAUCCACCCCAACAGCCUCAGAAACUCGAGGAGGGCAGACGAGGCCCGGGUGAAGUGGCCCGUGCCGUUCUGUGGAACAAGUCGCAGUAUUGCCCUCCGGGAACGCUUUUCUAUCCGAGCAAUCCGCCACCCCCGCCAAAUCCGCAGGACAAUCGUCAACCACAACCGCAAAUCAUCUAUCCGCCCUAUCAGGGCAACUUGGCGAUGCCGAUUCGUCAGUCCUAUCACGUCGAUAUACCCCCACAGCAAGGUCCUCCACCUCCUGCUCCACAAAAGGCACCCGAGUUGGGAAAAGCAGGUCCUGGUCCAGGUAACGUGUAUCACAUUACGCUCGACCAGCAGGGAAUGCCUCAGCCGCCACAAAAUCCGGGGCCACCACCGCAGCUGAAAGCUAUCACCAUUGAAAAGAUUUCACAGGAUCGUUGUGUUCCAUACCACAUCGAGCUGAAGCACGAUGAUCGUAAGGAUCUGCGUCAACCUCAGCCACCUCCUCAACAGCCGCCUCCACAGACGGGCCAUUUGCCGGAAGGAAUAGUCUACAAUUCGGCUCUCCGCCCGGGAGGUAUUCCGAUGCACGCGAUCGCUUCCAACCAACAAAUGCCGAAAGGUGGCAGCAUUACACAGGGUUAUCCGCCAGCUAGACCGCCUCCAAUCUCCAAUCCACAACAGCCACAACCGCCGCAGAUUCACUAUCAGAGACAUCGCUACUAGAUGGUAGGCCGAGGGCAUGUGUGGUAGCAUAAGAUUAAAGAUUAUAGAGGUAUACAAACGGACAUUCGGAUUUGAGACAAUGAUU